AUGAGCUGUGAAAGUCCACCGUCCUCAUCUGAAUGCUCCAUCGGAAGCGUUGAGAAUAACUAUGUGAAAUGUGAAAUCUGUCUUGGGAAGGGUCAUGGCAAUCACUUUGGUGUGAAUACAUGUAGAGCGUGUGCAGCGUUUUUUAGAAGAAUGAUUGUAGGGACCGGGCAUCGACAGAAGUGUAGGUUAAGGAAGGAUUGUAAGCCGAGAGAUGGGCGGUGGUUCUGCAAAAAAUGCCGGCUUGAUAAAUGCUACGGUCUUGGAAUGACUCCGGAUAAUAUCCAACACGACAGGGAUGCAUUCCACAGCUCCCAACUAUUUCAGGAAAACCACAAAAGACGGAAAUUGCAAGUGAGUACUAUCCCGAAUACCGUGGAAAAAGUGAUGGGCGUACCUCAUUCCAUACUAUAUUUCAAACGGGAAAAGCUGCCAAAGAAAAUGUGGACGUAUAUUGAUUUGGAGUAUCUUGUGGAGAGAGCUGAGAAGAUAUUGAGGAGCCAACCGGAAUUUGAUCCCAGAAUAUCAAAAAUGACGUCACUGGAGAAGCUAACAUUCGGGUUGAAGGAAGCAAGAAAAAACCAGAGGACUCAUGUGUUCGCUCUGAAAAAAUUGGGGAAGGAAGAGACCUGCUUUAUGUGGGAGUCCCAAUUGAUCACAGCCACUAACUGGAUAAUGUAUUUUGAUGAGUUCCGACAACUUCCAUUCCAUCAUAAGUUUGACAUGUUGAAGUGUAUGUGGCAUGUCUGGGGCAGGCUGGAACGUCUAUCGAUGACUGCUGAGAUGCGGGUUAAUGGAUAUUGUGGGAAGAGACAAUUCGUGGUGUCCCACGACUCCCUUAUUGACUAUGACAAUAUAAGUUGUGAUUUGGAAUGGAGCACAACGUAUUCAAAGGAGGAGCUGCAGUGCUUCCUAGACGCUCCCACAUAUCACGGAGAGCCUCUAGUGGACUCAUUCAUAAAUGUUAACCCCACGGAUACCGAGCUAGUAUUCUUACUGUGCAAUCUAUGCUUACGCUUGACAGGCAAAAAACUAGGCGGAGAAUUUGAGGAAAUCACACAAAGGCUACAAGACGUGCUUGCUGAUUCCAUGCAUAAGUAUUAUGAGAAAAUGGAGAUGUCGAGAUAUGCACAUCGGUUGGGGAAGUUGUUAUCUUUGGGUAAUGACUGGUUGGCUUUGCUGCAUAAGAGACACGACCGAUUGCAUUUGGCGUAUAUCCUGGAUGCGUUCCACGUGAAGUUCUCGCAUCCAGAGUUGUUUCAGUAUUCGGGUUGA